ACCUUCCGCUCGCUGACGCCGGAAGUGAAAAAGCUGCGACAAGACGGAAUUAGCGUCUGAGUAAGUGCUAGUCAUGAGUAAACAAGUUUAACUGUAUGUAAAAACGUGUGGGGAGGCAAAAUGGCUCAGGAGAAGAAAGCGGGGCUGUUAAAAAGGACGUCGUCGUCUAAAAAGCCGCUGAAGGAGAAAGUAGUGUUGAUGUACGAUGAAAUAUUCACGAAAGUCGACCCUGCCAAGGCGAACCCUCGCUUCUGGGACGAGCUCUUUUUAAUGAAGGUGAACCUGGAGUAUCUGGAAAACAAGCUGGAGGCUCUGGAUGGAGAUGAAGUGAUGAUGAUUAAGGAAAACAUCAACAGCCUGUUCCAUCACUGCGUCCAGGCUUUGGAAGAAGACCACCAGAUCAAAGUAGUCAACGCUCUGCAGACUCUUUGCGCACUCUUCAGAGGUGUGCAUCAAAAAAACAAAUCAGCUACCGGCUUCGAUAUCAUUAAUAUGCUGGUGGGAUUCGACAAAGCUGAGCUCAGGAUGAAGGAUCUCAUGGAAAGCCUGGACAGUUUGCUCUGUGGAGACGGCUCGGAGAGCCUGAAGAGCCUGUGCCUAAAGUUGUUACUCUGUCUGGUUACGGUGACGGACAAUAUCAGUCAGAAUACUAUCCUGGAAUACGUCAUGAUCAACAGCAUAUUUGAGGCCAUUUUACAGAUCUUGUCGGAUGUUUCUAGCAGAGCACAGCAUGGCUACGACGCCGUGGUUCUCUUGGCUCUCUUGGUGAACUACAGGAAAUACGAAUCGGUGAAUCCCUACAUUGUGAAGUUAUCCAUAGUGGAUGAUGAACCAACUCUGGCUGGUAUGGGCAUGGUUAUCCAGCAAGCUCUUACAGAAUACAACAGGCAGUACAAAGAUAAAGAAGAGGACAACCACGGAGGAUUUUUUUCCACGCUGACCAGCAUGGUAGGCAGUAUGUUCAUCGCUGAUGCAGACGAGAAGCUGUCUGUGCAGACUAAUGAAGCCAUCCUGCUCGCCCUCUACGAGGCAGUUCAUCUAAACAGGAACUUCAUCACUGUUCUCGCACAAAGUCAUCCAGAGAUCGACAUUGCGGCGACGCCAGUCACACCCACCCCCACUACACCUACAACCCCGCUUGGUACCACCCCUCCUUCUUUAGACGUGAUGCAUAACCCUGAGCUGCCGCUGGACCCCAACCUUCAAACGAGCAACCUGCUCAUCACCUUUCUCAAAUAUUCCUCCAUCGUCAUGCAAGACACCAAAGACGAACACAGACUCAACAGCGCCCGACUGUGCCUCAUCAUCCUCACGUGUAUAGCCGAAGACCAGUACGCUGACGCCUUCCUCCACGACGACAACAUGAACUUUCGAGUAAACUUGCACCGAAUGCCAAUGCGGCACAGAAAGAAAGCGGCGGACAAGAACAUCCCGUCUCGACCUCUCGCAUGCGCCGUCUUGGAUCUGAUGGUCGAGUUUAUCGUCACUCACAUGAUGAAGGACUUUCCUAUGGAUCUCUACAUGCGAUGCGUUCAGAUUAUUCACAAGCUCAUCUGCUAUCAGAAGAAAUGCAGGAUUCGGCUGCACUACACUUGGAGAGAACUUUGGUCGGCCCUCAUUAACUUGCUGAAGUUCCUGCUGUCAAAUGAAACCAUCUUGCUGUCCAAACACAACAUCUUCCACUUGGCUUUACAAGUAGUCCAUCUCUUCAACAUGUUCAUCACAUACGGAGACACGUUCCUGCCAACCCCGAGCAGUUACGAUGAGUUGUAUUACGAGAUCAUACGCAUGCACCAGGUAUUCGAUAACCUUUACUGCAUGGUGCUCAGGGUCUCCACCAACGUCGGCCAGUGGAAGGAGCCAGCAAGUAAAGUCACCCAUGCGCUGGUUAACGUCCGAGCCAUCAUCAACCAUUUCAACCCGAAGAUCGAAUCAUACGCCGCCGUGAACCAUAUCUCCCAACUUUCAGAAGAUCAGGUGCUGGAAGUGGUACGCUCCAACUACGACACGCUGACUCUGAAGCUGCAGGAUGGUUUGGACCAGUUUGAGCGCUAUUCAGAGCAGCCCAAAGAAACAGCAUUCUUCAAGGAGUUGGUGCGCUCCAUCAGUCUGAACGUCAGGAAGAAUGUUUCUCUCAACACUCUGAGUCAGGAUGUUCUUUUGAAGGAGUUCUCUUCUAUAUCUUGAGAUCUUGACACCUUGACACAACCACACACCCGUAACCGUAACUAAGGGGGAAAACAAUCAAGUCAUCUUUGUCUACUAAUUUUCAAGUCUGUCCCCAUGUCCGAGUUUUGCUGGAAAUCACACCUUGCUUAACACCCAGAGCUGAAAGUGUUUGCAACUAUUUUGAUUAUACUAAUUUUCUUCUUCAGUAUAAGGGUUUUUUUGUUGUUGAUUUUAUGGAGCAUUUAUCGAUUUUCUGUUUUUCCAACAGUGUAUUUGAUUCAGAUUAAAUCCAUGUAAUAUGAGACACAUAUGCUUGAUCCUGCUGUGAUUAUUAUUAUUUUUUUUUUCAUUUUAUCAGAUUUUUCAAAAUGUUAACUGAACAGAUGAAUCAUCUUGUCUUAAUAUCCAGAGUGCAUUCAGUUGAACUAAUAAAUUCUGCUAAUAUUCUUAAAGGUUCUUCAGUUCAGAACUUCAGUGUUGUCUAGGUAUUAUAUUUAAGAGAUGUGAAGUUUGAUUGCUACAGAAUCCAAGCGAAGUUUUACAUAUAUGUAUACGUAAAUAAAAAUGUCAGAAAGCACCCACCGUGACUAUACCUACUGUCCCACUUGGUACAUUCUCUGGACUUGAUGCGCAAUCAUAGACACCAUCCUGGACACCACCCAGCCACUUGUUCUCCAAGUCAAUCAAGACUCCAUCAUUCUUGUACCUAUACCCGAGGCCUACUAUGCUGACGACGUACUCCAGAGAACUUCAGACUUGGUGAUUGUCACUCAGAUGAUGAAGGACUUUCCUAAGGAUCUAUGUGAUCUGCUGUCCGAAGAAAUGCAGAAUUAGGCUAAACUAUACUCAGAGAGAACUCUGAUCAGCACUCCUCAACUUGCUUAAACACAUCUUUCACUCGACUCUGUCGGUUGUCCAUGUAUGGAGAUGCAUUCUUAUAUACUCUGAGCAGUUCUGAUGACCUGUAUUACGAGAUCAGAUCUUUAUCGCUUGGUGCUCAGAAUCCCCACCAAUGAGUAAAUGCUGAUGUGCUUGAUAACGUCCGAGGCAUCAUUUACCAUUUUAACUCUAAGACUGAAUCCUAUUCGGAGCAGCCAAGAAGUGGAUUUGAGAGAGGCGCUUCAAGGUUUUUCUUUUCAAUGAAUUCUGUUCUAUAUCCUGAGACGACUACCAACAGCCCAUAACUAUAACGACAAACACAAUAACCGUCAAUCAUGUAACUACUGAUUUUCAGGUGUAGUUCUUCUUGGAGUCACGGUUUAACACCCCAACUUGAAUGUGUUUGCAGAUUGUCAGUAUAUUUUUUGUUUCGUUUUGUUUUAUGCAGCAUUUAUUGGUUAUCUGUUGUUGUUCUUGUAUUUUUUGCUUUUCUUCCCUGACUACAUUCAUUACAAAUCAUGUUUUUGGUGUCCUGCUGAACUGCUUGAUUUCAUCUGGAUAUUGAAAAGGUUAACUGACUUGAUUUAAUGUACAGAGUGCAUUAGUGAACUAACAAAUUCUGACAAUAUUUAAAUUGGAUUAAUUUUUGAUAAAUCUUCAGUUCAGAUCAUCAGUGUUUCCCCGGUAUAAUGUUUAUAAUGAUGAACAUUUUAGUUUUUAUGUAAUGGUCAAAAGUCAUUAAAGAAAUUGGUAAAAUUUAAGCAAGCACCCAUUCAAAAUAUUCAUGGUGAGCUACUGUUAUGACCCUUGACACAUUGUGUUUGAUUUUUAUUUUUAUUUUUUAAACCUACUACUCACAAUGUUCACAUGCAUAAUGUACUCGUUUCAUUACUGGCAUUACUAGAUUGUCGUAGGAAAGAAAUAAAAACUCAAAUAGAAAGAAAA